AUGGAAGUCUGUAUAUUCUUCCUUUAUACUAUGAUACUUCUCCCAGGUAUCGCUGUCAGUGUGCAUCAGGUGAAGUCAUUUCUCAAUCACACUGCAUACCUAUCCUGCUAUUUUCCAAACUCUCAGAAAACUGACAUAACGGAUUUAAGAGUUUUUUGGCAAAAAGGCCAAACCGCUGUUGAAGUGGUGCACGAAGUAAACUACGGCCAAGAAAAACACGAUAACCUUAGUCCUAAAUAUAUAAAUCGCACCAAGAUGGAUAUGGACAAAUGGACUUUGCAAUUGUUAAAUGCAGGAAUUGGGGACGAGGGACAGUAUACAUGUAUUGUACAGCACAGAGAUAAAGGAUCACCAAAGGUCAUACACACAUCUGAGUGCUUACUGCACAUCAUUGCCAACUAUAGUCAACCUGAAAUAGCAUGGCUGCACACGGGGAAACUAAAGCCCAACGAAUAUUUGAAUCUUUCCUGUUCUUCCAGCGGAGGCUAUCCAGAGCCCAAGCAGAUGACUUGGCUAAUGUCAUAUGAAAACCAUACACACCCAUUUACACGUCCCAUGGGUGUCUUACAGGAUGCUGUAACAAAGCUGUACAACGUUACUAGCAAGCUGAAUGUCCUAGUUCCUCCAAACACCCCUGCUAAUAUUAGCUGCUUGCUUCACCUUGGAGAGCAGCUGGGGAGCCUUGUCUCGGUGCCGUUAGGAAUAGAGAUACAGCAGGAAGAAAUGGAGCAAGUGAAGAUAAAUUUCUUUGGCCCACUUAUAGCUGUGAUUAUACUGAUCACACUUCUCCUGGGUUUUGUGGUAUUGAAGAAGAACAUAAAUAUCUCAUCUACCAACCAGAGUGUCAGUCUAGCAGUCUAG